UCAAGUUUAGUUGGUCGUGGUUCUAUGUUUGUUUUCUCAUCAGCACAAUUUCUUCGCUUACUUGAUGUUAACGAUAGCUUCAAGUCGAAUUCUUUACUCGACUUAGGUGCCGAUGACGGCAAUGUGACAUUGAAAAUGGCUCCUUACUUUAAAGAUAUAUUCGUCACAGAAAUUUCCCCAGUUAUGCGUUGGCGUUUACGUAAACAUGGCUUUACAAUAUUAGACGUUGAUUCUUGGGAAUUAAUGAAUAAAGAAUUGAAUACACCCAAAGUUCCAUCUUAUUUUGAUGUUAUUAGUUGUUUAAAUUUGUUAGAUCGUUGUACAGCUCCAAUUAACUUAUUGAAACGAAUUAAUCAAGCUUUGAAACCUACGACGGGAAUUUCAAUUCUUGGAAUAGUUUUACCAUUGAAACAAUAUGUUGAAAGUGAAUUUGUAAUUUUGGUUGACAUUAAAUUCUUCUCUUAAUUUCGUAACAGAUUAAGCUGAUUUAUUAUUCUACCUCAUUAUAAUGAGUUAUUUUCAUCAACAAUUUAUUUUGACGCUAACACUUAAGUUUAACUUUAUAGUAAUCAGUUUCUAAUACAUUGAUCUGGUCGACAUUCAAAAUAGAGGUGACAUGUAUUUAUUAGAUAAAAACUGAAACCUGUAGGGUCCUUCAAACGAUUCAGGUAAAAAAAACUAUAGAAUGUUUGGAAGUUUCCAACCUUCGAACUAUUUGACAUUAUUUCAAAACUCAUGUACACAGAUCCCAAAUUUUAGAAUUA